UCUGUUUGUUGCAACUUCCGGUUGGAAAGCACGUUGCGUUGUUAUUCAUUACUGAAGUUGGAUAUGUGCUUAAACUGAUUGGAUUUGUUGUUAAUUUCAUGUCCAGAUGCCUCACAGAAAGAAGAAGAAGUUUAUUGAUAAGAAGAAUGCACAAACAUUCCGCUUAGUUCACAGAAGUCAGAAGGAUCCCUUACAGGCCAGCGAUGAUGUUGGACAACGUGUCCUCCUGCCUGUUGAGGAUAAGGAAGCAGAGAAACGUAAGAAUACUCAACGUGAGUUUGGUGUGUUCUUUGAAGACGAUUAUGACUACCUUCAACAUCUCAAAGAUGCAGAUGAAACAGUGGAAUUUGAACCUGUGGAAAGUGUCCGUGUUCCCAAGUCUUCGCAAGGAGUUAAACAGUCUGACGCGACAGCAAGGGAUUCCAAACUGAAGCUACCGUCAACUGUCUUUGCCUCUCAAGUAGAGACGGAGGUCGGUCUCCUCAACAAGGCAGCUCCUGUCUCAGGUCCACGAUUAGACUGGGAUCCAGACAUUGUUGCAGGCUUGGAUGAAGACUUUGAUUUUGAUGACCCUGAGAAUGUCUUGGAUGAUGACUUUGUCCUGAAGGCCAAUGAUGCUGUUGGAGAAGGGGGGCAUGGGGAGGGGGAAGGGGAAUGGACUGAUGAUGAAGACGCAGCAUCAGAUGCAGCAGAUUUCUCUGACGAGGCCAUGGACCAGCUUGGCGAUGGUGACAUGUUUGAGAACGAGGAGACAAAAUCCCGUUUCACUCAGUACUCCAUGACCUCCUCUGUCAUUCGCAGAACAGAGGGACUUACGCUGCUCGAUGAUAGAUUCGAAAAGCUGUUCGAGGAGUAUGAUGAGAGCGAGAUUGGAGCACUGGACCAUGAGGACAUCGAUGGCCGAGUUGAACCCAGCAGUCAGAUACUGGACAGUGUUCUAGAUGAGUUUGAGAAGGAGCAGGCUAAAGUACAAUUGUCGGAUGUAGUUGGGAAUAAUGUAACUGCUGAUUCUGAGAGUGAUGAUGACACAGAGCUGGUGAAGAUGGUCAUCGAGGAGCCUGGGGAGAAGUGGGACUGUGAAUCUAUACUUAGCACCUACUCCAAUCUCUACAAUCAUCCCAAGUUGAUAUCAGAACCAAGAAGUCAAAAUAAUAAGAACAUCAAGUUAACCUCCAAGCUGGGGAUUCCCCUUGAUGGUCUGGAGCAGCCCGGCCUGACGCAGAAGCAGAUAGAGAAGGAGAUGCAUGCCUCGCAGAAGGCCGACCGGGCCAGCACGUACAGGCCUCGGGGAGAGACGCCAGAUGAAAAGAAGUCUCGGAAAAUGGCCAUCAAAGAUGAGAGGAAGGAAAGACGAGAGGAGAAGAAAGCUAACAAGGUGGCCUUUGGUAAGGAGAAGAUACGCCAGGAUAAGGAACAGCACAACCUGAGACAGAACUUACAGGGUGUGAAGAUGCUUUAGCCCUGGUUGGGUGAUGGAGCUCUCUGACUACAUAACAUUCAUGGGGUGAAGAGGCUUUAGCCCUGGUUGGAAUGUAGCUCUUGACUCUCUGACUGUACAUAACAUAUGGUGGGUGAAGAGGCUUUAGCCCUGGUUGGGACAGAGCUCUUGACUCUCUGACUGCACAUAACAUAAAAUGGGUGCAGAGGCUUUAGCCCUGGUUGGAAUGUAGCUCUCGACUCUCUGAGUCAGGGGGUGAAGAUGCUAUGACCCAGGUUGGAAUAGAGCACUGGAUUUACUGACUCU